AUGCUCAAGAUCCGAUGGAAGGAGCUCUACCCUUACAUAACCCGUUUCGUCUUACUCGAGUCCAACUCCACCUUCACAGCCAUACCGAAACCCCUCAAUUUCGCCUCCCAUAGACGAGAGUUUGACUUUGUCGAGCCGAGGCUGGCGUACGGCGUGAUCGGCGGAAGGUUCCGGAAGGGGGAGAACCCGUUUGUCGAGGAGGCCUACCAGCGCCUCGCGCUCGACCAGCUCCUUCGAGUCGCUGGGAUCGAGGACGACGACUUGCUUAUAAUGUCUGAUGUGGACGAGAUCCCGAGCCGCCACACGAUCGACCUGCUGAGAUGGUGCGAUGAUAUUCCUCCCGUUUUGCAUCUCGAGCUGAGGAAUUACAUGUACUCGUUCGAGUUCGAGGACGGGCGAACGAGCUGGCGGGCCUCGGUGCACAGGUACGUGAAGGGGAAGACGAAAUACGCGCACUACAGGCAGACGGAUUUGCUGCUGGCAGACUCGGGAUGGCACUGCAGCUUCUGCUUUCGGUACUUGAGUGAUUUCGUGUUCAAGAUGAAGGCGUACAGUCAUACUGAUCGGGUGAGGUUUUCGCACUUUUUGAGCCCCAAGAGGAUUCAGGACAAGAUCUGUAAAGGGGCUGAUUUGUACGAUAUGUUGCCUGAGGAGUACACUUUCAGGGAGAUUAUAGGGAAGAUGGGAAAUAUUCCGCAUUCGUAUUCGGGGAUUCACCUGCCAUCAUACCUUCUGGAGAAUGCGAAUGAGUACAGAUAUCUGUUGCCGGGUAACUGCAUAAGGGAACAGAGGAGUGGUAGGACUGAUGAUGAUGAUGAUGAGGAUGAAUAUGAUGCUAGGCGCUGA